AUGGGAGUCCAAGUGCUGCCAUGCCAUGCACGCCGCGUUCACGAGUUGUCUUCGGAUGUGCUUUCUCCCAGCUACUUGAACAGGAACGUCCUCUCUGGCGAUGUGUACCGCAUCACACGCAAUAUGACCAGCCUUGUCACGCUGCAGCCAACCAGUGACAGGGUGACUGCCAUUGCCCCUGUCGCCCUACCUGCAGCCAACCAGUUCCCGCCCUACCUACCCUACACCCACCGCAACUUCUUCUUCCACGGGACCAUCAUCCCGCCCGAGGCCAACCUCACCUACCUUGGCAACGCCUUUGAGCAUUGUCUGCUCAACGCAUCUCGGGCGCCUGGAGACUACUUGGAGCAGAGGAGUGCAGAGGAGUGUGGUGCGUUCUUUGGGGUUGCUGCUGGGGAUUGCCAACCCCUGUGCAGCGGGCAUGGCAUGUGCUGUGCAGGAAUCAGUAUACACCUGCGAUAG